ACUAUAGCAGGUGCUCGUGCGUAACUUCCUGUCAAGAAAUUAUUAUUGAAUCGAUCGGACUGACAGAUCUGAUAUUCACGCAUUACAAAUAGACAUUAUCAAUGGGCAAUAUAAAUGCAUUUGAUUUCUGAGCUUAUUGACCACUUUAGCUUAUUUAAACUGUAAACCAUAUUUGCAAACAUUUAAAAUAUGCCAAACAAGAAAGGGCUUCGACUUCCGUCAACAUCGGGCGAUGGCAUGCCACCAGUUGCAGUGCCGGCACCGACACCGCCUCCUCCGGUUGCGGUGCCAACCGUUGAUGCUGAGAAACCAACAAACACAGGUACAGCAAGUAUGGAAGCACUUGCUUUAAAGCUUAAAGAACUUGAUAUAAACACACAGCAAAGAGAGAGAUUAGAAAUGUUUCUUACCCAGAAACAACAAGUAGGGGAAUUAACUCCUGAUGACUUUGACAAACUUGGAGAAUUAGGGGCUGGAAAUGGAGGAGUAGUACUUAAAGUUAGACACAUCCCAUCAAGCUUAAUAAUGGCUAGAAAGUUAAUUCAUCUAGAAAUCAAGCCAGCAGUUAGAAUACAAAUAAUUCGAGAGCUAAAAGUUUUACAUGAGUGUAAUUCACCAUUUAUUGUUGGUUUCUAUGGUGCAUUUUACAGUGAUGGAGAAAUCAGUAUUUGUAUGGAAUAUAUGGAUGGUGGUUCAUUAGAUUUGAUAUUAAAGAAAGCUGGUAGAAUACCAGAACCUAUACUUGGAAAAGUAACAGUAGCUGUUUUAAAAGGUCUAACAUAUCUUAGAGAAAAGCAUCAAAUUAUGCAUAGAGAUGUUAAACCAUCUAAUAUUCUAGUAAAUGGUAGAGGAGAAAUAAAGAUUUGUGAUUUUGGUGUAAGUGGACAGUUGAUAGAUUCCAUGGCUAAUUCAUUUGUAGGAACAAGAUCUUAUAUGUCUCCAGAGAGAUUACAAGGCACACACUACUCAGUACAAUCUGAUAUAUGGAGUAUGGGUUUGUCCAUAGUAGAAAUGGCUAUAGGGCGUUAUCCUAUCCCACCCCCUGAUUCUAAGGACUUGGCCAGUAUAUUUGGUGAUAAAGCCAUGGAGGAACAUUUAGAGGCAACAAAAACAGGAAAACCAUUAGUAGGAACAAACCGAAAUAGUUUUAACUUCCCCACACCGCCUGGCAGUGAUGGGCCUCGGCCAAUGGCCAUAUUUGAGCUUUUAGAAUACAUAGUAAAUGAGCCACCUCCCUCAUUGCCAAAAGGAAAAUUUUCUGACGAAGCCAUAGAUUUUGUAGAUAAGUGUUUAAAGAAGAACCCAUCAGAUAGGGCAGAUUUAGCUUCAUUAAUGGUCCAUCCUUUUGUUAAGAAAUCAGAAGAGAUGGAAGUUGAUAUUGGCAGCUGGGUGUGUAAAGUAAUGAAUAUAAAACCAGACACCAAGUCAAGCUGAACAUAUAUACAGUCUUACUAUUGUAUAGGUUGUAAUAACAUCACCCAGUUCACUGGGACCAUGCCCUAUAUGGGCACUUUCUAAGAUCUGUUUCUCUUAUUCCAAUCCUACAAAUUAUAAUAUAUUGAUAAAAAAUGUAUAUAUAUCAAGGACUAUGGACCAUUGACAUGAUAAAAGAAAAUACAAAAAAACAAUGUUACUUUUAUAAUUUUUCAGUUCAACAGAUAACAUAUACAACAUGUCUAUGAGUUGAUAUGCCACAUUCUUUCUUUUCCAUUAAAUAACCUGUCUAGUUUUGAAAAACAUACCACUGUUAAACAAAAAUAUGUUCUUUCUUCAUAGAAAGGGCAAGGCCAGAGAAUUUUAUGGAUUACUUCCCCUCUACAUUCUCUCAGUACUGCAUUGGCAUCUAGUUGAAUUAAGUUGUCACUUCUGGGUAUAUCACACAUUCCUUAUGUUCCCUAGGGAACUUAUUUACUUGCAUGACUUAAUACUACCCUGACCAAUCUUACUUUAGAUGAUUUUCCAACAAUUUUAAUGACAACUGUGCCAUAUGAUGUAAACCAAGUUCCAUUUUCUGAACAGUGCCAAGCAUAAUCAGAUAGGCUGUUCUUGACUAAAUAAUCAGUAAGAAGAAAUGGCUUCCAUUUUGUUCACAAAUAUUUUUGAUUUUUUUUUUACAUUUUUGUAACUCCCAGAUUGCUGAUUUGGUGAAACUGAAAUCAUAUUUACGUGUUUAUAAAGCAAUGGAAUAUCAAAUAAAAUAUGUCAAUGGUUCAUUUUCCUUGGUAAUUAUAUAAUGUGUUGAUGUUUUAAAGCAAAACAAAUGACGAUUGAGUGAUCAAAUAUGUGCAAAUGAAUGCUAUAUAGUAUAUGUACUAUUGCUAUGUAUAUUUUCUGGUACAAAUGUGAUUUAUUUAGGAAUUAGUAUUAAUGUAAUAAUGAACCCUUUCAAGUGUAAAAAUCAACCAUAGUGAGUCAUAAGUUUGUUAUUUUACCUGAUUUGUGGCAAAAAGUCAAGAUCUGCUUGCCUUGUUUUGUCACUGAGCAUGGUAGGUAAACUAUUUUAUUUUCACUAGUUUCUGAUCACAUGAUUGACCAGAUUAAGAUGAAUAUAUUUUUUUUCUUUUAUUAAAAACAAUAUUUAUGUCCAAUUAAGCCAAAAUAUUGGGGUUAUUUGGAAGGUAAAAAGUUAAAUUUAUGUCAUUAUUUAAUAAUGUAUAUACAAUUAACUUGGCAUCCCACUUUCAAGUGAAUGACAACAGAAAAAAAAUGAUGAAAAAUUAAUAAGGAUAAAAAGCAGACCAGUAAAUCAUUGCAAUAUUCACAUUUAAAAUCAGACCUAUGCAGCCAUCAUAGACAUAUCUAACUUUGUCAUGAUCACACUUUAUUUGUCUUUUAUUCAACGCUUAUUAUCAACAUUUUAAGAAGAAUGGUACUCAUCAAAAUUAUCAUUUAUACACCUUUUUGUAUGAUGAAGCUCAAAACCAAGGUUGUCUCAGCCAUAACAUCAUUAUACCAGUAAUCAUUUAUAGAUCUGCUUAACCAUCAAAUAUAUUGUGAUUUUCUGUGUCAAACAUUGUCCAUAUUUGAUAGACAAAUAUGAGAGCCUAUUCUAUGUUUCAUUUAUGCUUGAAAUGGAAUCAAUUUGAUGGAGUUGUUCCUCCAAAUGUAAUUUAUGAUUUAUAAGUAACAGUUUCAAAGGUUUCUUUGAUCUUUUGUUUGUCCUGACAUGUGGUCAAUAUACUUAAAAAGACAAACUUUUAAGGUGUUUUGUAUCAUUAUGACAAAACUAAAGGAUGAUGAAAGGUGACCGAUGAUGAACAGAUUCUGUCAUUUCACCAAUAGAAU